GUGAUCUGCCCGCCUCGGCCUCCCAAAGUUUUGGGAUUACAGGCGUGAGCCACCGCGCCUGGCCUCCAGGGCUCCUUCUAAAAUGCCAAUUACCUGCAAGGGUCUUGGCUGUGCCCCAGAGUCUCCAGGCCUGCGAAUGCUGCGUGGCAUCCAGUGGGCGCUCAAUAAAUGCUUACUGCUUGAAGGAGCAUCUCCCCCAAGUGUUCAUCUGAUGCAUGUUUGUGGAGCACCUGCCAUGGGCCAGGCACUGGGGACGCUGCAGUGACAGAAAGGAACCCAAGGCCCCUCCUCUACCGGAGAAGCCGUGGGUCCCAGGAGUGGCGGAAAUUGACCGGAAAUGGCUAGAGAAUGUCAGAGCUGCGCCGGGACCAGCUAGCUCUUUCUGUGAGGAACGAGUCACAGUUUUAUUGUGCGCUUACUGUAUGCUAGGCACUGGUCGACUGAGUGCUGCCCAGGUAGUACCUUGGCAUCCUCCCGGUAACCCUCCGCAGUAGGAACUAUUUAUUAUGAAACCCAUUUUACAGAGGAGGAAGGAGAAGUCCAAAAUAGGUAAGUCUGUUGGCCCAGUCAUAUAGGUAGGAAAGGCUGGGGCAGGCGCGGGGUGCUGGAUUCAAAUUCAGGUGUGUAGGAUUGCAGCUCCCCAGUGGCGAAUGAAUGAAUGAAUGAACGAAUGACUGAUUGAAUGAAUGAAUGGACGAGGCAAUGAGUGAAUGAAUGAACGAAUGGGCAUGCCAAUGAAUGAGCAAAUGAGUGUGGGAAUGAAUGAAUGGUGCGGGAAUGAACAAAUGAAUGAAUGGGUGGUGAACAAAUGAAUGGGUGAGUGAACUAAUGAAUGGAUGAAUGGGUGAGCCAACAAAUGGAUGAACAAAUGAGUGAGUUAAUGAAUGCAGGAAUGAGUGAAUGCAGGAAGGAAUGGUGUGGGAAUGAAUAAAUGAAUGGGUCAUAUAAGAAUGAAUGAAUGAACAAAUGGGUGAGGCCAAUGAAUGAAUGAAAGGGUGAGCAAAUAAAUGGGUGAACGAAUGAACGAGUAAAUGAACGAACGAAUAAGUGAAUGAAUGAAUGGGUGAGCCCGUGAAUGGGUGAACAAAUGAAUGAGUGAAUGAAUGAAAGGGUGAGCGAAUAAACAAAUGGGUGAAGGAAUGAACGAGUGAAUGAACGAAUGAACAAGCGAAUGAAUGAAUGAAUAAGUGAAUGAAUGAAUGGGUGAGUGAAGUAAUGCAUGAAAGGGUGAGCGAAUAAACAAAUGAGUGAAGGAAUGAACAAGUGGGUGAACGAAUGAACGAGUGAGUGAAUGAACGAGUGAAUGAACGAAUGAAUAAGUGAAUGAACGAAUGGGUGAGUGAACGAAUGAAUGAAUGGGCGGGCCGGUGAAUGAAUGAACGAAUGGGCGAACGAAUGAAUGAGUGAAUGAAUGAAAGUGUGAGUGGCGAGAGCCCGCCGGCCGCGUGGAGGUGCGAGGCUGCGGACGUCGCGGGCCCGGAGGCACCUGCGCGCCCUUGGCCAACUCGGAGGAGGUGGAGAUGGACGCCCGCGGGUCCCCUGGAGAUGCAGCCGGCGGCCUGCGCUGGUGAGGGAGCCGGGCCCCCGGCGCUGCGUCCUCCUCAUCCUCCAGGCGACAAGAGUCAAGACUGGGGCAAGAGUGACGAGAGGCUGCUACAAGCCGUGGAAAACAACGAUGCACCUCGGGUGGCCGCCCUCAUCGCCCGCAAGGGGCUGGUGCCCACGAAGCUAGACCCCGAGGGCAAGUCCGCGUUCCACCUGGCGGCCAUGCGGGGUGCGGCCAGCUGUCUGGAGGUGAUGAUAGCUCAUGGCAGCAAUGUCAUGAGCACGGACGGGGCAGGUUACAAUGCCCUCCACCUGGCCGCCAAAUACGGGCACCCACAGUGCUUGAAGCAACUACUGCAGGCUUCCUGCGUGGUGGACGUCGUGGACAGCAGCGGGUGGACUGCCCUACACCAUGCAGCGGCUGGUGGCUGUCUCUCCUGCUCAGAGGUGCUCUGCUCCUUUAAGGCACAUCUAAAUCCCCAAGAUCGGUCAGGCGCAACACCCCUCAUUAUAGCAGCUCAGAUGUGUCACACAGACCUGUGCCGUCUCCUACUGCAGCAAGGGGCUGCCGCGAACGAUCAGGACCUGCAAGGCAGGACGGCCCUGAUGCUGGCCUGUGAGGGGGCCAGCCCCGAAACAGUGGAGGUCCUGCUGCAGGGCGGAGCCCAGCCGGGCAUCACCGAUGCGCUGGGGCAGGACGCGGCUCACUAUGGCGCCCUGGCGGGGGACAAACUCAUCCUGCACCUUCUGCAAGAGGUGGCCCAGCGCCCCUCCCCACCCAGCGCCCUCACAGAGGAUGACUCAGGCGAGGCGUCAUCUCAGAACUCUAUGUCCAGCCAUGGAAAGCAGGGGGCCCCCAAGAAGCGGAAGGCGCCUCCACCUCCCGCCAGCAUCCCCAUGCCGGAUGAUCGAGAUGCCUAUGAGGAGAUCGUGAGGCUGCGGCAGGAGAGGGGCCGCCUCCUGCAGAAGAUCCGGGGCCUGGAACAGCACAAGGAACGGAGGCAGCAGGAGUCCCCGGAGGCCAGCUCCCUGCACAGCCUGGAGAGACAGGUGCAAGAGCUACAGCAGCUGCUGGUGGAGAGACAAGAGGAGAAGGAGAGCCUGGGACGGGAGGUGGAGAGUUUGCAGAGCCGGCUGUCCCUGCUGGAGAACGAGCGGGAGAAUACUAGCUAUGACGUAACCACCCUGCAGGAUGAGGAGGGUGAGCUGCCUGACCUUCCAGGGGCCGAGGUGCUGCUGUCCAGACAACUCAGCCCGUCGGCCCAGGAACACCUGGCCUCACUGCAGGAACAGGUGGCUGUGCUCACCAGACAGAACCAGGAACUGAUGGAGAAGGUCCAGACUCCCGCCCCCCACUCCACUCCCCAGAUCCUGGAGAACUUUGAGAAGGACGAGACACAGAUGGAAGUGGAAGCUUUGGUAGAGGUCAUCCCUCUUGCCCUCUAUGACUCUCUCCGGGCCGAGUUUGACCAGCUGCGCAGGCAGCACGCUGAGGCCCUGCAGGCCCUGAGGCAGCAGGAGACACGAGAGGUCCCCAGAGAAGAGGGGGCAGCCUGUGGGGAGAGUGAGGGUGCUGGAGCCACGGCCACCAAAAACGGGCCAACCCACAUGGAGCUAAAUGGCUCAGUGGCUCCAGAAACCAAAGUUAAUGGAGCCGAGACCAUAGAUGAGGAGGCUGCAGGAGAUGAAACCAUGAAAGCCAGGACUAUGGAAGCCGAGGCCAUGGGAGCCGAGGCCACGGGAGCUGAGGCCACAGGAGCCAAGGUCGCAGAAACAAAACCCACAGGGGCUGAGGUCAGAGAAAUGGAGACUAUAGAAGAAGAAGCAAACGUGGAAACUAAGCCCACAGGAGCUCAGGCCACAGACACAGAGGCCACGGGAGUGGAGGCCAUGGGGGUGGAGGCCACAAAAACAAAAGCAGAGGAAGCAGAAAUGCAGGCCUACGGAGUGGGUGCUGGGCAAGCAGAGCCCCCAGUCACAGGGACCACAAACAUGGAGGCCACGGGCUCUAGGGCCACAGGGGUGGAAGCCACAGGAGUCAGUGCCACAGGUGUGGAGAACCCAGGGGUAGAGGCCACGGUCCCGGGGAUCUCUGCUGGCCCCAUCCUACAUCCUGGUGCCGCAGAGGCCUCGGAAAAGCUUCAAGUAGAGCUGGAGACCAGGAUCCGUGGCUUGGAGGAGGCUCUCCGGCAGCGGGAGCGGGAGGCAGCUGCGGAGCUGGAGGCGGCCCUGGGGAAGUGCGAGGCCGCGGAGGCUGAGGCGGGCCGGCUGCGACAGCGUGUCCGCGAGGCCGAGGGCAGCGGGGCCAGCGGGGGUGGUGGCGGUGACACCACACAGCUGCGGGCGGCCCUGGAGCAGGCCCGGGAGGACCUCCGAGACCGGGACUCCCGCCUGCGGGAGCUGGAGGCGGCCUCGGCCUGCCUGGAUGAGGCUCGGGCCAGCCGGCUGCUGGCCGAGGAGGAGGCGCGGGGCCUGCGGGCCGAGCUGGCCCAGCGGGAGGAGGCGCGGCUGGAGCAGAGCCGGGAGCUGGAGGUUCUGCGGGAGCAGCUGGCCACGGCCAGGGCCACGGGGGAGCAGCAGCGCACGGCGGCCGCGGAACUGGGCCGGGCACGGGACGCCGCUGAGGCCCGAGUGGCUGAGCUGGCUGCGGCCUGCGAGGAGGCGCGGCAGGGCCUGGCCGAGCUGCGGGAGGCCUCCGAGGCCCUCCGCCAGUCCGUGGUGCCGGCCUCUGAGCACCGCCGGCUGCAGGAGGAGGCCCUGGAGCUGCGGGGCCGGGCGGCCAGUCUGGAGCAGGAGGUGGUGGCCACGGGCAAGGAGGCCGCCCGGCUGCGCGCGGAGCUGGAGCGGGAGCGUGUGUGCAGCGUGGCGCUCUCGGAGCACGAACGCAUCGUGGGCACCCUGCAGGCCAACGUGGCCCAGCUGGAGGGGCAGCUGGAGGAGCUGGGACGGCGGCAUGAGAAGACCAGCGCAGAGGUCUUCCAGGUGCAGCGCGAGGCCCUGUUCAUGAAGAGUGAGCGACACGCAGCCGAGGCACAGCUGGCCACAGCAGAGCAGCAGCUACGGGGGCUACGGACCGAGGCGGAAAGGGCUCGCCAGGCCCAGAGCAGGGCCCAGGAGGCUCUGGACAAGGCCAAGGAGAAGGACAAGAAGAUCACAGAACUCUCCAAAGAAGUCUUCAAUCUUAAGGAAGCCUUGAAGGAGCAGCCGGCCGCCCUGGCCACCCCUGAGGUGGAGGCUCUCCGUGACCAGGUGAAGGAUUUACAGCAGCAGCUGCAGGAAGCUGCCAGGGACCACUCCAGCGUGGUGGCUUUGUACAGAAGCCACCUCCUAUAUGCCAUUCAGGGCCAGAUGGAUGAAGAUGUGCAGCGGAUUCUCAGCCAGAUUCUGCAGAUGCAGAGACUCCAGGCUCAGGGCCGCUGAGAAAGGCCAGGCCCAGUGGCUACACUGACCACACCCACGCAGGGACCUCACCCCCCUGCAGGCCCCUUGCAGACCGGCUUCAUUUGGCUUCACUUGGCCCUAUCCAGGCCCAUGCACUUGGAGACCAGCCUGGGUCCCUGCCCGACCACCCCCAGAUGGCUCCAUCACCCCACCUGGUCUCUGCACGCACACACUGGUCAGUCUGGACCCGGGCCGUGAGUGCCCCUCCCCCGCCACCGGAGAAUCUGUGAGUCCCCGUGUCCUCCACAUCCAGACGCCAGCCCAGGAAUAAAGGCAUUCUGUGCAUAGGA